AUGUUGGGCUUCAAUCGAAUAGUGCAGCUGCACAUAGUCUUGUGCUGGCUUCUGACUCUAUGCCUCGCAAAAGAUGACGAAAACUAUGACAACUCGACUAAUUAUAGGCCUCGCAACGUUACAGGCCUCGGUGACUUUUAUCAAUGGGUCGGAUCUUACUAUAACGCGACUGCAGAGGUCGAGCUGAAACCUGUCUUUGGAGACGUCUGGAAUGAGACCCUGUUCGGUGCUAACUACACGGAUAAUCUAUGUUCUGAGCUAAAGAACUCUACCCAAACCGUCAAAUACGACGCCAUUCUGAGUAUCCUUGAGAAAGGCCGCUGGAACGCUGGAAGUAACUCUGUUAUCUUCUGGCUAACGCUUAUACCAAAAUCCUCAGCGCCGUUUAAUGUAUCCUCCCUGGGUGCUGAUUUUACAUAUACAUCUCAAUCUAGGGGACUUCAAUUUCCCCUGUAUUCUGUUUAUCCAAGCCCAGGCGGAUAUUGGCGCCCCAAGGAAGGGAGGGGUCCUGAUAUUUUCAACUUUACGACUAGCCAGACUAAAUCUGGAGCCUAUAACCUCAGCGCAAUACUUGAACGCAACAUGCCGGAAUCGUAUUCGUCGAAUCUAAACCUCAGCAUGCCAGUAUGCAACACUACUGAGCUCAGCGGCGACUACAGCGUCGGGGUGCAGGAGCUCCAAUCUUGGGAUACGGAGGGCUGGGAUGACUUUCAAUACCCUAAUAUCAGCGUUCAGUUCGACGAUAAGACAGCGAACCUGACUAUGGAUGCUGUCUUCUCUGCGAGUCCAUAUGUGUGGCCUAACGUGAGUGAGUGGUCGGGGCCUACAAUAGGCAGCCCCGGUGCCACUGGCUUCAUACAAAUUCGCGUCUCUGGGGUUCUGGAUACAUACCACUCGGAUUUACUCAGCCUCAAUGACACGAAACCUGUGUGGUUGCGUACUGUGGGCUUUGGGAACGAUUCAUCGAACAUUGGAUAUGACAGCGGGACUACUAAGCUGUCGUCUGAGUGUACUGUUGCUAUCAUAGCCAUUACCAUUUGUAUCACCAUGUUCUUAUAA